AUGAGACUUGGUCCCUGUCCGGCCAGCCAGCACGGCACGGGGAGGCUGGACAUCGGGGUGCUGCCUCUCUCCCUGAUGCCAGCCGCGCUCCUCCUCCUCCUCUUCCUUGGCCCCACCGGGACAUCCACGAGCCCGCGCCAUUUGCCAUUCCCAGAGAUACGGCUCGCCAACGGGCCUAGCCGGUGCCAGGGGCGAGUGGAGAUCCUCUACAAUGGCUCCUGGGGGACGGUCUGCGAUGACGACUGGGACAUUGUGGAUGCCAACGUGGUGUGUCGCCAGCUGGGCUGCGGCCAUGCCAUCGCCCUCCCGGCUGCCAUGACCUUCGGCCAAGGGAGCGGACCCAUCUUCCUGGACAACGUGGACUGCAAGGGCCAGGAGGCAGCCUUGAGCGAGUGCUGGAGCCACGGCUGGGGCAUCCACAACUGCUACCACUACGAGGACGUGGCUGUCGUGUGCAAUGAGCUCUCGCCCACGCAAGCCAGCGAAGGACCGACAAGCAGGACCCUCACAGCCUCGGUACAGGAUGGGGAAAGUGACGGCAGCAUCCGUCUGGUGAGCGGGACCGACAUCUGCCAAGGCCGGGUGGAGAUCUUCUACCGCGGGAACUGGGGCACCGUCUGUGACGACGACUGGGGCCUGAGCGAUGCCAGCGUGGUGUGCAAGCAGGUGGGCUGCGGCCAAGCCCUGGAUUACAAGAGCAAUGCCUAUUUUGGCUACGGCACGGGGCACAUCCUCCUGGACAAUGUCAACUGCGACGGCAGCGAGCCCUUCCUCUCUGCCUGCUACAGCCUCGGCUGGGGCAUCCAUAACUGCGGCCACCACGAGGAUGCUGGGGUCAUCUGCACAGGGCUGGACACAUCCACCAUCACGUCCUUCACCACCUCGGUGGCCCUGGACUAUGAAGACACGCUCACUGCCACGGGCACAGCAGCAACAGACGGCAGGGACCAGCCCUCCCAGGCCACCGAGGUGGUCACCACCGCCCUCCUCACCGUCGAGCAGGAAAGUGGCGGCGUGCGGCUGGCGAACGGGAAUGGGAGCUGCCGCGGGCGGGUGGAGGUGCGGCACCGCGGCACCUGGGGCACCGUCUGCGACGACGACUGGGACUUCCCCGAUGCCCAGGUGGUGUGCCGGCAGCUGGGCUGCGGCGCCGCCCUCGCCGCCACCGUCCUCGGCUCCUUCGGCUACGGCAGCGGGCCCGUCCUGCUGGAUAACGUGGGCUGCGGUGGCGGCGAGGCUCGCCUGGCCGACUGCUUCCACCUGGGCUGGGGCCAGCACAACUGCGGCCACCACGAGGACGCCGGGGUCAUUUGCCGAGGCGCUGACGAUGCUGGAGACCAUUUCCAAGAAGCCACCGCUACAACCACCACGUCGGCCCCGACUCGUCCCAAGGACGGGUCCCUGCGCCUCGUGAACGGCAGCCACCGGUGCGAGGGGCGCGUAGAGAUAUUCUACCUGUCCCAGUGGGGGACGGUGUGCGACGACGCCUGGGACCUGUGGGACGCCAAGGUGGUGUGCAGGCAGCUGGGCUGCGGGCACGCCGUGGCGGCCUGGGGGGAGGCACGCUACGGCCAGGGCACCGGCUACAUCUUCCUUGACAACCUCAAGUGCAAGGGCCACGAGCCCUCGCUGCUGCGCUGCUCCCACAUCCGCUGGGACGUCCACAACUGCGACCACUCCGAGGAUGCCGGUGCUGUCUGCGGCAUCCUAUGA